UGUUGAUGUGUUUUAACGUCUCUGAAGCCUCAACAGGGAGAGGAGAGGAGCAGCUAUGAGUUUUACAGCAGCAGCGUGUGGAUUUGUUGUCUUCCUUCUGUCUGUGCCAGUGGUGCAGGGACUGGAUGGCUGGGCAGCGACUUACACUCCUACUAAGAUCUGUGCCUUAAAAGGAUCAGCAGUGGAAAUGCAGUGCACCUACACAUACCCAUACAGUGAAAAUGGCAAUGUUACCACAGUUGAAAAAACACUAUGGUUUACUAAGGUGGAGGAUAAUGAACCUGUGAAUCUGAGAUCAGAUUCAGAGUAUGAAGGUCGUGUGGAGUAUUACAGUGAACAAAAGUACAACAGACUGAGAAUCAGUGACCUGAGAGAGAGUGACUCAGCUGUGUACAAGUUCAGGUUCAUAACAAACCAACCAGGAGGGAAAAUGACCGCUUCACCUGGAGUCUCUUUAACUGUCACAGAUCUCCAGGUGAAGGUGCUCAGAUCAUCGGUCCUCCAGUUUUAUACCGAGGCAGAGCUGAAGUGUCGCAGCUUUUGCCGGCUAGUGGGUCAUCUCUCCUUCGUCUGCAGUGAUGCUGACCCUCCAGUGGACGAAUACACCUGGUACAAGGAGAACCAAGCUCUGCUUCAAGGACCAGAGGGAAGUUAUAACUUCACCUCCAUCAGCUCUGAGGACACAGGGACAUACCACUGUCAGUCUGAGAAUCAACACGGAUGGAUAAACUCUCCUUCUGUACUGCUAGAUGUCCAAUAUGCUCCCAAGGUUCCCUCAGUGUCGGUGAGUCCCUCUGGUGAAAUAGUGGAGGGCAGUUCAGCGACUCUGACCUGCAGCAGUGAUGCUAACCCAGCAGCUACUUAUACCUGGUACAAGAAGAAUGAAACCUCGCUAAAAGCAUUGGGACAGACCUUCACCAUCACAAACAUCACAUCUGAACACAGUGGAGAAUAUUACUGUGAAGUCCAAAACAGAAGAGGACGUCAUAACUCCACUUUACAGUUGACUGUUGUGACUGUUGGAGCAGGGAGAGUAAUGAAUAUGAACGUCCUCCUGGUGACUCUCCUCCUCCUGAUCCCGCUCACCCCGUGUGUCCUCUACCUGUGGCUCAGGAGGAAGAAAACUGUGAAUGGCACUGCUGAGAAGAGCGACGCAGUACAGACUGUACAGUCGGACUCUGAUCCUGUGUUUGAGAUCGUCACUGCAGCACAGACAGAAGCCACAGAGGAGCAGAAGGAGCAGGAGGACCAGGUGUAAGGUCCGGUCAGGUUGGCGCCUCCUGGAGGAAAUAAACUGAACAAUCUCAAAUCAAAUUCACAGUUAACGUUUCCAUAAAGUCGU